AUGGCCACCAGAAUGCCCUCCGUCCUCCGCACCCUCGCCCUCUCGCGACCUGCCACCUUCACCCAAACACAGCAUGCACGACGGAGCUUCCAGACGAGCCGGAAGAUGAUGGCAGAUGUGGUGUCGCCGAGUAAGCCGAUUGGUGCUUUCAGAGGAUCGCUGCUUGGCUUCCUCCUAGGAACGGUGCUUGCAGGUGGUGGGCUUUACUACUAUGUGGUCGAUGAGUACAAGGUCUCGAACGAGCUGCUGGUGGAGGACAUCUACGCUCUCCAAUCUGCGGUGCAGAGACUAGAAGGCUAUGUCAAGGCCUUGGAGGAGGAAGUGAAGACGAAGAAAUAA